AUGACCUCGCCAGCUCGAGCACCCAGCGUCGCUCAGGCGCAUCCGCUGUUUGCCGGAGAGUCGCCGACAAAGUCACCUGGACCAUCUUCGCUGGUGAAUCGUCCGAUUUGGGGUCAACGCAAAGCAGCAAAAGUCGACUACAGCGUCGAGUCGCAGAAGACUCUCCAGAGACGAUCAGUCAGCCGCACUUCCUCCUACCAUCACGACGGCGCUUCCUCGUCUUCCUCCUCCUCGACAACAACAGGAGGUGGCAGUCUUCGUCCCGCUACCAUCGAAGACGACGUCUUUUACUCGCGUACUGCAAACGCAGCAUCGUCAAACGGAGCCGAUGCUAUCGAUGCCAAACAGUCGACGUCGUACAUUCCACGCACAAGUCGCGUCAGCAGCUACGAUCUUCAAUUUGACGAUGCCGACGAGCCUUCUCUACCCGACGAUUCGCUCUUUGGCGGGCCUACACCCUCUUCGCCCCGCAUCUUUGACCGAGACUAUCCCGCGCCAAAGCCCAUCAGAUCCUCGCAGCUUCGUGCAUCCACCGCCACUGAAACGGCAGCAUCGGCUGCUUCUCCAGAUCAAACACCCAUGCCCAAACACCAUCUAGAUCGACCCAGCUCGCGCGCCAGUCGCAGAGACGGUACCGCUUCACCCUCAGAAGGGCGCAGACCACGCAGCUCUACCCCGAACGGCUCGCGCUCUGCCACCAGUGCCAAUCAUCAAAGCCAUCGAGUCCAUGAUAUGGCACGAGAGGUCGAAUUCCCCCUCGACUGGCUUCAGCAGCUCCAUCGCCUAGGAGAUGGCGAUCUUGAGUCGGCACUCUCGGGACCCCUUUCGCAUCGUCCCGUCGCUGCACAGCAGCCACGCGAAUCGACGCCUGUCAAGACGUCCAAGUCCUCUGCCCGCAGAGACACCAAGCAAGCGCCGUCGUAUGCCCUUCAGCUCACAAAGGCGCUCUCACGAGCACUGGCAGAAGCGCACGCCGAGCUCGACAAGCUCCGCUCCGCCGCUGAACAGGAACGAGCACAGCAUGCAGAGACAAUGGAGCAUGUGCAGCAGCGCAACGAAUCGCGAGAGGCUGCCUUCACCGAGCUCUGCCUUGAGAAUGGCAUCAAGCAAGGCCAGAUCAACCGUAGCCUCCUCCGAGCGCCUGUGCUGGAUGCCGAGGUGCUCAAGCGCAAACGCAUCGCCAAACAACAGCAAAGCAUGGCCCAGGAGAUGGCCGGCAUCGAGCCUCCCCCCGAUCGCACAGAGCGUGCUCUCCCUGACUCGCUGCAAGAGGCCAUGCUCGACGACCUCGAAGGCGUCGCUAACACUUCGAUCGUCGCCCGCUCGCCCUCAUUGAAGCCUUCGAGUGUAUACAGUGCCGCAGAGGCUUCCUCUCCUGGUCGCAGCCCCUCAGUUCGAUCGCACAAGACCACGGCGUCCGUCGACGCAACUCGCUCCUCUCGCCAACGCGGCAAGUCACUGUCCAUCUCGAUUGCAUCCACCAACGACAAGGAGGCAGAAUCACGCAGCCUCAAGUCGUCCUCGGCUUCGGUUGCUGACAGCAUCAGCACCAGUCCUUCGUCUCUUCACCGAGCCGCGGUAAAAUCGUCUCCGCAGCCUCCUGCUUCUCCUAAGUUGCUCCACACGUCCAAGUCGCCAAGUGUUGCAUCGCCCCGCGCCAGGUCCACUUCUUCCAGCACAUCUACAGGUGGUGGACUCGGCGAUUGGGCCAGCGGCUUGCUGCCAUGGUCCGGAGGCGGUGCAUCACGCAAAGGUGCGCCAAGCACUGCCCAAAGCAUGGUCAAAGUCACCAGCCCCGGUCGACGCGAGAUGGCCGCGUCAGCGGGCACUGCUGCAGGAGGCGCCGAUGCAGCUGGAAAGCGCUCGGUGAGUGCAUCCAAGACGUCAAAAGUGGCCUCAGCAUCGACCUUCGCGAGAGCCUUUGGACGCUACACACGCUCGUCACCGGCGCCCGAGACCCCACCUCCUGCUGGGCCACAGCCGAAUGUCACACGUCUGCCCGACACGUAUCAAUUUGAUCGUCGCAGCGCGGAUCCGGCCCUGUCACUCUCAGCGGGCGAGGGCAUUGCCAUCCUCGGUGCUCCCUCGCCACGCCCUCCAAGCGCUGCCGUCGAGUUGGAGCCGAUCUUGCCCAACGAGGCAGCACCUCCUACGCUGGUACGACGCAAGAAGAAGGGGCGCAAGAGUGGGAUGGGAGCCGUCGCUGGUCUCGGCAUUGCCUCUAGCAGCAGUAAGGAGCUCGAAGAUCAAGCCAAAAGAAAUGACACUAUCGCGAGCAGUAAGGAAAGCGGCGGCGGCGGCGGCAGCAGCAGCAGCAGCAACAGCAACAACAGUAUCACCGCCACGCUGACAGCCAACGACACGCCCUUGUCGUCCAAACAGAAACAUGCCGCACGACUCAGCACGCUCGACGAGGAAGAGAGCUCGGGCGACGAGUUUGAGGUGUAUGGAGGCAAGGCGCCCGUCCCUGGCUUUACCAACAUGACCGAGCACGCCUCGUCCAACACGGCAGCACCCACUACAGGUGCAACACAAGCAGCAUCGAUCAUAGCAGAUUCGUCCAUCGUCGUUCGUGCCGCCGACGACUCGGACACGGAUAGCGAGAGCGAAGAAGACAUUCAGGUACUCACCGACCGCUACGGAUUCAUCUACAAUCCGACCGACGCCGACAUCCGGCUGCUCCGGCAGGCGAGGAAAGCGUCAGCUCCAGCACCGGCUACUCUGACAGGCAUCAAGGUGGGCAUCCGUGCCCGCGGUGGUUCGGACAGCGCGAGCGAAGACGAUAAGAACGAUCCGGAUCUCGACACCGCUGAUUCGUCCGAAGACGAGUUGGAUCUGUCGCGGGCGGUCAAGAAGCCGAACAGCUCUUUGAUCGCUCCGCAGGUGGACCACAACGAUGUGCAGCUGGUGUCCGCCUCUCGCUCUGCCUCGCCUGCUCCGUCGACGGAAGCGGCUUCCGCUGCUGAAGGGGCCAUCUCUGACGAUGGUGCGGCAACGGCGGACAGUGCCAGCACGAAUGCCAAGCGCGCUAAGCGUCGCAGCAAGCUAUUGACGGUGCCAGACAGCAAGCCAGUGCAAGCCGAAGUGCUGCCCGUCAGUGCCGUUUCCAAACCGUCGCCUUCGCCCUCGCGCAGCAGUCCGUCCAAAAAUCGACGUGGCACGCAGUCGAAUGCAUCUUCAAGGUCGAGCAGCCCGGUCAAAGCAGGUGGGACAGUGCACGUGGAGCUGCCGUCCAUCUCGAACACGGUGCGUCGAUUGCUGACGCAGUUGAAAGACAUGCACGAUUCGCAGCAGAUCGAGCAGAAGCAGCGAUGGGAUGCGUUCCUCGAGCACCGGCGUGCGCGUCUACAGGCAGCUUCUGAUGCGACUGGUGUCGCUAGCGCUGGCACCGGUAAUCAUGGCGUCAGCAGCACCAAUGGUACCUCUGCUUCGAUGACGAGCUCGACAUCCAAGACCAAGGCGCUUCUGGCUGGGGCGCUGUUUGGCGGCGGCGCGCCUGCUGCCGACGGAGCCAAGGCGCUUGGGUCAGCGGAAAAGGCGCCCGAAGAAGACUGGUCGUCCGGCAUGGUGGGUGUCAACCGCAUGGGCGACUCCAAGAGUGGCAAGGAGGACUGGCGCGAAUUUUUGACCUUGUGCCAGACGGGGAUUCCGCUGUGCUACCGCGCACGCAUCUGGGCCGAGUGUAGCGGGGCCAACGACAUUGCCGAGCCGGGACGCUACCAGGAGCUAUUGUCCGACCAUCAGGGGGAGACCAACGAGUGCCUGACGCAGAUCGAUUUGGAUGUGCAUCGCACGAUGCCGACCAACGUGUACUUUGGUGGCGAUGGGCAGGGUGUGCCUAAACUGCGGCGGUUGCUGGUGGCGUUUAGCUGGUACAAUCCGGACACAGGCUACUGUCAGGGGAUGAACAAUCUGGCCGCGACCUUGCUGCUGACGCAUGCGACCGAGGAGGAGGCGUUUUGGGUGCUCGUGUGCCUGAUCGAAAAGAUCCUGCCCAGCGAAUACUAUACCUCACACUUGCUCGUGUCGCAGGCGGAUCAGCGCGUGCUCAUCGAGCUCGUGGCGGAACAUAUGCCACGUCUGCACGCUCACAUUCUGGACCUCGGUGUUGAUCUGCCGGCCAUCACGUUUGCCUGGUUCCUGUCGCUGUACACCGACUGCCUACCCGUCGAGACGCUGUUCCGCGUGUGGGACGUUAUGUUUGUCGAAGGCAUGGUCAUCCUCUUCCGCGUCGCCAUGGCGAUCCUCAAGCUAUACGAGAAGGAGCUGCUGGCGACCGGCUCGGCAUCCGCUUUCUACGGGCUGGCGCACUCAUUGACGUCGCGCCUGUUUAGCGUCGACAAGCUGAUCCACUUGGCGUGCAACGAGCUGAAGGCGAGCAUAAGGUACGCCAGCAUACUCGAGAAGAGGGAGAGGCACGUCGCGGAUCUCACGGCCGAGCUAGGGCUUGGCUUGGAUGUCACACAGACGUAG